AUGAAGCAAUUUUUCAAGAAAUCCAACGAUCGAAUUAGAAUAGCAGUUGAUGAAACACUUGAAAAAGCAGGAGCAAAGAAAAUAGAAGAGGUUCCCGAUUAUAUUGAGAGAAAUAACACUUUAAUUUUCAUUGAACAACAUGCAAAGAACAUUCAGAAGUCCUUAACAUGCUUUACAGCAUCUCUUAAGAAUCUAGCUGAUUCACAGAAGGAAACAGCAAACUCAUACUCAGAAGCAUUUGAAAAUUCAGAGGAUGAUCUCCAUGAAAUGUCAGAACAGCUCAAAAAUGUUGCUGGUGAUGUCGAAAACAUUACAAAAGAGAUAAGCACACAGAUUCCACAACAGGUUAUUAAACCUUUGGAAGAUUUAUUGCAAGAAAUCCAAAGAAUACACCAACUCUCUGCAGAACGCCGCAAAUGCUUUAUCCUUAAUAAGAACGCCCAAAAUAAGUUUGUUAAAGCCCAAGAAAAAGGCAAAAAUACCGAAUCUCGCGGUCAAGAACUUGUAUCUAAAAAAGCCGACUACGACAAAGCCCACGAGACAUACAUAAAAGCUGUUGAUGAUCUAAAUUUGCGGAAGAAUGACAUAUUCUCACAAACUUUCAAAGAUUCAUCAGCUUUGAUCGGAAAAGUUGUCACGCAAAUCAGCAAAAACUAUCACGAUGACUUCCCUUCAUCCCCUGUUGAUACUUCUGAAUGUAAUUUCCCACCUUUGUAA